ACGAAUAAGAAGUAAUCAUAGUAAUAAUAAUAAUAAUAAUAGUUGAUGUACAUAUGUAAUUUGUCAUUUAGUCACCAACAAUUUCCAAGAACUAGCAUAAACAAUCAUUUCUCUCAGCAUCUAUAAUAAUUGAGAUUUUCUUUUCUGUUAUAUGUAUGUAUAAAAAUUAAAAAGAAUAAAUUUGAGCUUGUUUGAACAAAGAAAGAAUGUCAGCAGUAGGUGAAUUAUACUCAAUUUACUCAAUCUGCAGUUUUGCAGCUGGGAUUGCAGGGAACCUCUUUGCAUUCGUCUUAUUCGUGUCACCAAUACCAACAUUCAGAAGAAUCAUUAGAAGCAAGUCUACGGAACAGUUUUCUGGAUUGCCUUAUAUAUAUGCGCUCUUGAAUUGCUUAAUAUGCCUCUGGUAUGGGACACCAAUUGUAUCUCCGGGUGUUAUAUUAGUUUUCACUGUCAACUCAAUUGGAGCAGUGUUCCAGCUAGUAUAUAUUACCAUCUUCAUAAUUAAUGCAGAGGGGUCGAAGAAGUUGAAAAUGUUGGGGUUGGUGCUUGGUGUUUUUGCUGUGUUUUCUGCUAUAGUUGCGACCAGCCUAUGUCUAUUUGAGCCUCCUACUCGGCAAACUUUCGUUGGAUAUCUAUCUGUCUUUUCUCUCAUUUCCAUGUUUGCUUCUCCACUAUUCAUUAUUAAUUUGGUGAUCAAAACAAUGAGUGUGGAGUACAUGCCAUUUUAUCUAUCCCUUGCGACUUUUCUCAUGAGCCUUUCUUUCUUUGCAUACGGAAUGUUCAAGAAUGACCCAUUCAUCUAUGUACCAAAUGGGAUAGGAGGAGUUCUUGGUGUUAUACAACUGGUACUGUACUUUAAAUAUAGCAAUUCCAUAGAGGAGCCGAGAGAACCUCUCUUGGACUCUUACGCAUGAAACACAAGACUAUGGCUCGACGAUUCCUAUCAAGUGUCACAAAACUGUCUCUUUUCUUGUCUUUUUUCCGAUUCUCUUUUCUUGUACGAGAAUUUGGGAAGGUGAGAUGUAUUUUUUGUAGGGAAAAAAUCGGUAGAUGUGUUAGGAAGUGGUAUGUCAUUUGUGGAAAUUAAAAUUACUUAUCAUUUGUUAUGUGCUCAAGUUUACAUUGAGCAUCCAUUGUUUAAUAAAAGGUUCAAGUGUUGGGGGAUAACUGUCAGCAAGUGUUUGUAUUGAUUGUUUAUUGAAAAGUUCCAAGUGUUUUGAGUUUCACCGUCAA